AUGAGCGGAGAGCGGGAUAUGCUUAUUUUUGGGGAUGCAGCACAAUACCUGCGCAAGUCUGAGAAAGAGAGGAUCGAGGCCCAAAACCAAUUCUUCGACGCCAAGACAUUUGUGUAUGUUACAGACAGUAAGGAGCUAUACGUGAAGGGGAUUGUUCAGAAUAAAGACGGGAAGUGCGCCACCAUAAAGACAGAUGGGGGAAGCGUUGUCACUGUAAAGGAAGAUGAUGUUUUCCCAAGAAAUCCCCCAAAGUUUGAUAAGAUUGAAGACAUGGCGUUACUCACUCACCUCAAUGAGCCGUCUGUUCUCUUCAACCUCAAGGAACGUUACGCAGCUUGGAUGAUUUAUACGUAUUCUGGGUUGUUCUGUGUCACUGUCAAUCCCUACAAGUGGCUGCCUGUGUACAAUCCUGAGGUGGUGAACGCCUAUCGGGGCAAAAAGCGCAUGGAAACCCCACCUCACAUUUUCUCCAUCUCUGAUAAUGCCUAUCAGUUCAUGCUGACUGAUCGAGAGAACCAGUCUAUCCUCAUCACUGGAGAAUCCGGUGCAGGAAAAACGGUGAACACCAAACGUGUCAUCCAGUAUUUUGCAACAAUUGCAGCUACUGGGGAUUCCGGAAAAAAGAAAGAACCUACCUCGACAAGCAAAAUUCAGGGGACACUGGAGGAUCAAAUCAUCCAGGCUAACCCUCUCCUGGAGGCCUUCGGUAAUGCCAAGACUGUCAGGAACGACAACUCCUCUCGAUUCGGAAAAUUCAUCCGAAUCCACUUUGGGGCCACCGGAAAAUUGUCCUCGGCAGAUAUUGAAACAUAUUUGUUGGAGAAGUCCCGAGUGACCUUCCAGCUCCCCAGUGAACGCAGCUACCAUAUCUUUUACCAGAUCCAGUCCAACAAGAAGCCUGAGAUUUUAGAAAUGCUACUGAUUACAACCAAUCCCUAUGACUAUCAUUAUACGAGUAUGGGGGAAAUCUCGGUGAAAAGUAUAGAUGAUAAAGCAGAACUUAUGGCUACAGAUGAAGCCAUAGACAUUCUAGGCUUUAACCAAGAAGAGAAAAUGGGUAUCUAUAAGCUGACAGGUGCUGUCAUGCACUAUGGCAACAUGAAGUUCAAGCAGAAACCUCGUGAGGACCAAGCAGAGCCUGAUAGCACAGAAGACGCAGAUAAAGUGGCUUACCUGAUGGGUCUUAAUUCCUCAGAUCUGGUCAAAUCUCUCUGUAAUCCAAGGGUUAAAGUUGGAAAUGAGUUUGUAACAAAAAGCCAAAAUGUGCAGCAGGUCAACAACUCAGUAGGAGCUCUGGCCAGGUCUGUUUAUGAAAAACUUUUCUUAUGGAUGGUGACUCGAAUCAACCAGCAGCUUGACACAAAGCAAUCCCGGCAAUAUUUUAUUGGGGUGUUGGACAUUGCUGGAUUUGAGAUCUUUGAUUUCAACACUUUCGAACAACUUUGUAUCAACUUUACCAAUGAGAAACUGCAACAGUUCUUCAAUCACCACAUGUUUGUUCUGGAACAAGAGGAGUACAAGAAGGAAGGAAUCGAGUGGGAAUUCAUUGACUUCGGCAUGGACCUGGCUGCCUGCAUCCAACUUAUCGAGAAGCCAAUGGGAAUCUUUUCAAUCCUCGAAGAGGAGUGUAUGUUUCCAAAAGCUUCCGAUACAACCUUUAAGAACAAACUUUAUGAUCAACAUCUUGGAAAGUCACCUAAUUUCCAAAAGCCUAAACCAGGCAAAGGGAAAGGGGAAGCUCACUUUUCUCUGGUGCAUUACGCUGGUACAGUAGAUUAUAAUGUCACUGGUUGGCUAGACAAGAACAAGGACCCGCUAAAUGAGACUGUGGUGGGACUAUACCAAAAGUCUUCCGUCAAGCUUCUUUGCAUUCUCUUUUCCACCUUCUCUACAGAAGCAGCUGCAGCCAGUAAAGGAGGGAGCAAGAAAAAGGGGUCCUCUUUUCAGACUGUGUCAGCGAUGUUCCGAGAAAAUCUAAACAAACUGAUGACUAACCUGAAGACCACUCAUCCACACUUUGUCCGGUGUCUAAUCCCCAACGAGACCAAGACUCCAGGGGAGAUGGAUAACCACCUUGUCAUCCACCAGCUGCGAUGCAAUGGGGUACUGGAAGGAAUUCGAAUUUGUCGAAAGGGCUUUCCAAGCAGAAUUCACUAUGGGGACUUCAAGCAACGGUAUAAGGUCCUGAACGCCAGUGCCAUUCCUGAUGGGCACUUUAUUGACAGCAAGAAGGCAUGUGAAAACCUGCUCAGGUCCAUUGAUAUUGAUCAUACCCAGUAUAAAUUUGGCCACACAAAGGUCUUCUUCAAGGCAGGUCUUCUAGGUGUAUUAGAAGAAAUGAGAGAUGAACGUCUGGCUCAGCUGAUCACGCGCACCCAGGCCAUCUGCAGAGGAUACCUCAUGAGAGAGGAAUUCAAGAAAAUGGUGGAAAGAAGAGACGCCAUCACAACGAUUCAGUACAACAUCCGAUCGUUCAUGAAUGUCAAGCACUGGCCAUGGAUGAAAUUGUUUUUUAAGAUUAAACCUCUCCUGAAAAGUGCUGAGACAGAAAAAGAAUUGCAAAACCUAAAGGAAGAAAUGGAUAAGAUAAAGGAGGAACUGGCCAAGUCAGAAGCUCGAAGGAAAGAUGUGGAGGAGAAACUGGUGUCUCUUACACAGGAGAAAAAUGACCUGUUACUCCAAGUCCAAUCGGAAAAUCAGAAUUUGUCUGAUGCAGAGGAAAGAUGUGAUGAGCUGAUCAAGACGAAGAUCCAGAUGGAGGCAAAAGUUAAGGAACUGAUGGACAGGCUGGAAGAUGAAGAGGAGAUGAGCGCUGACCUCACAGCCAAGAGAAGGAAACUGGAAGACGAAACCAGCGAGCUGAAGAAGGACCUUGAUGACCUGGAACUAACUUUGGCCAAGGUGGAAAAGGAGAAACAUGCCACAGAAAAUAAGGUGAAGAAUCUGACUGAGGAGAUGGCUGCAUUGGAUGAGAACAUUGCCAAACUCAGCAAGGAGAAAAAGGCCAUCCAAGAGGCUCAUCAGCAAACGCUCGAUGACCUACAGGCAGAAGAGGAUAAAGUGAACAGUCUUACAAAAAUGAAGAUAAAACUGGAGCAACAAGUGGAUGAACUGGAAGCCGCUCUCGAGCAGGAGAAGAAAAUCAGCGCUGACCUGGAAAGAAACAAAAGGAAAUUGGAAGGGGAUCUGAAGCUGAGCCAAGAUACCAUCAUGGACCUUGAGAAUGAUAAAGUCAAUUCAGAAGAAAAACUUAAAAAAAAGGAUUUUGAAGUUGCCGAAACACAGAGGAGACUUGAGGAUGAACAGAUCUGUAAUGUUCAACUGCAGAAGAAAAUAAAGGAACUUCAGGCUAAUAAUGAAGAACUACAUGAAGAAAUCGAAUCAGAACGGGCAGCAAGGGCCAAGGUAGAGAAACAGCGGGCAGAACUGUCUAGAGAGUUAGAAGAUAUCAGCGAAAGGCUGGAAGAAGCUGGAGGAGUAAGUGCCGUUCAAGUUGAGAUGAAUAAGAAGAGGGAGGCAGAGUUCCACAAACUGCGUCGAGAUCUAGAGGAAGCCACCUUACAGCAUGAAUCUGUCAUGGCCACCCUCAGGAAAAAACAGGCAGACGGCAUGGCCGAACUUGGAGAACACAUCGAAAACCUUCAACGGGUAAAGCAAAAACUUGAGAAAGAGAAGAUAGAGCUCAAGAUGGAAGCAGAUGACCUUGCAGGAAACAUGGAGUCUGUCUCCAAGUCCAAGGCUAAUCUAGAAAAGAUGUGCCGACUCUUGGAGGACCAACUAUACGAAAUGAAGACUCAACAUGAAGAAAACAUCCGGCUUAUCAAUGACCUUACCACUCAAAAUGCUCGUCUGCAGAAUGAACAUGGAGGAUUAUCUCAUUUGGUGGAAGAAAAAAAGGCUUUGAUUUCUCAACUCAGUAGAGGCAAAAUUACCUUUACUCAGCAGAUUGAAGACUUUAGAAGACUCCUUGAAGAAGAAACUAAGGCAAAAAAUGCCCUUGCACAUGCUCUCCACUCUGCUCGUCAUGACUGUGAACUUCUACGUGAACAAUACGACGAGGAACAAGAAGCUAAAGCAGAGCUUCAACGUACAUUGUCCAAAGCCAACAAUGAAGUGGCCACGUGGAGAACUAAGUACGAGACAGAUGCCAUUCAAAGGACCGAGGAACUGGAAGAAGCAAAGAAGAAACUAGCUCAGCGUCUUCAGGAAGCCGAGGAGCACAUAGAAGCCCUUAACUCUAAGUGUUCGUCUCUGGAGAAAACUAAGCAGAGACUACAAAUGGAAGUGGAGGAUGUGAUGAUGGACAUAGAGAGGUCAAACGCUGCGGCUGCUGCUCUGGAUAAGAAACAGAGGAACUUUGAUAAGGUUAUAGGUGAAUGGAAACAGAAGUGUGAAGAACACCAGGCAGACCUGGAGAUAUCCCAAAAAGAAGCAAGGAGUUUGAGCACAGAACUCUUUAAGUUGCAAAAUGCAUAUGAAAUCACCUUGGAUCAACUUGAGACCAUUAAACGAGAGAACAAAAAUCUUCAGCAGGAAAUAUCGGACCUGACAGAUCAGAUUAGUGAAACAGGGAAGAGUGUUAGUGAACUGGAAAAAGCCAAAAAGCAGGUGGAGCAGGAGAAAGCUGACAUACUCUCCGCUUUAGAGGAGGCUGAGGGAAGUCUUGAGCAUGAAGGAGCAAAGGUGCUUCGUAUCCAACUGGAGCUAAGCCAGGUGAAGUCUGAGGUGGACAGGAAAGUGGCUGAGAAAGAUGAAGAGAUUGACCAGCUUAAACGCAGCAGUCAGAGGACAAUAGAUGCCUUGAAUGUAACUCUUGAGUCUGAAAUAAGGAGCAGGAAUGAUGCUCUGAGGGCUAAGAAGAAAAUGGAAGGAGACUUGAAUGAAAUGGAGAUACAGCUAGGUCAUACCAACCGGGUGGUAGCAGAGAGCCAAAAACAGCUUAAGGACCUUCAGGCUCAGCUCAAGGAAGCCCAAAUACAGCUAGAUGAUUUGGCUUGUGCAAAUGAUGACCUAAGAGAGCACUUGGGUGUGGUAGAUCGAAGGAAUCUCUUGCAGCAGACAGAAAUUGAAGAGCUACGAAAGGCCCUAGAGCAGACUGAGAGAGUCCGAAAAGUGGCUGAGCAAGAACUCCUUGAUGCUACGGAGAGGGUCCAGCUUCUACACACUCAAAACACCAGUCUGAUCAAUGCCAAGAAAAAGCUGGAAAGUGAUGCAGCUCAGCUCCAGUCUGAAGUUGAAGAUGCUAUCCAGGAGCUAAGAAAUGCAGAAGAAAAAGCUAAGAAGGCGAUCAUGGAUGCGGCCAUGAUGGCCGAAGAGCUAAAGAAAGAACAGGACACCAGCGCCCAUCUAGAAAGGAUGAAAAAGAACAUGGAGCAGUCUGUUAAGGAUCUUCAACAUCGACUGGAUGAGGCUGAACAACUGGCAUUGAAAGGGGGCAAGAAACAACUUCAGAAGCUGGAGGCCAGGGUCCAUGAACUAGAAAAUGAACUGGAAGCAGAACAGAAACAAAGCAACGAGAACAUAAAAACUUACCGCAAAGUGGAGCGGAAACUAAAAGAAGUGGCUUAUCAGUCAGAAGAAGACAAGAAGAACGUCCUGAGACUUCAAGACCUGGUAGAUAAGCUACAAGCAAAGGUCAAGUCCUACAAGAGGCAGAGUGAGGAAUCGGAGGAACAAACCAACGUUCACCUCUCAAAACUGAGGAAACUGCAGCACGAGCUGGAUGAGGCCGAGGAGCGAGCGGACAACGCCGAAUUCCAGCUCAACAAGCUACGAGCCAAAAGCCGUGACUUUCCUGGCAAGGUGAAGGAUGGCGACGUGUGAACGGGGACCACGGUGUGCCGCAUGUGGAGGCUCCUGUCCUGGGUUAUAACGUUAUUCUUG